CGUUCAUCUUGUAUAAGCAUCAGCGCUAGCUCCGCGAUGCCAAAUGGAAUUGUACAGUGAGUACAUCAACACUACGAAACGACGGAAAGCAAAUGCUGAUCCCCCCACAUACUCAAUCAUCCGACAAUCCAACCUUCUAACAGACAAACACACUCCUUGAGGAUUCUGCUUGAGCAGCAUUUAGUUCGACAGGUUCUCGUAAUCAAAACUAAUGUUGCUGUCCCAUUGAUAACCAUCUCCACCGCAUAGACUCGGAAGAACCUUGUCCGCACUGUCCCUAGACCGACACCAUUAUGUUAACGCGUUGGUUUCCAUCAGCUUUCUGCAUCAUCAUCAUCACGCCGAUCCUUUCUUGUGGAAACCUUUUCAGGAGCAAGCACCAAGAACCAGGCUUCAACGACCAGCACAAUGAGCACACGCAAACUCCCGAACAAUUUUGGGAUGCUUCGAAUCGAAUUAUAUAUACAUGUUGUCUGAAAAAAAUUCUGGUACUAACUUUAAAUAUCAAGUUGUGCCCUACCUGGUACAGCCUGUUGAAACACCCCGGAUCACCGAAUGGCUUUUUAGACCACUUAUUCAUAAGAGAUAAGAGGGUGCACGAUGUGUGCGCAAAACCCAUUCUUUUACCUUUUGAACGCACACAGAUGGAUUAUUCGGCUGCCGAUAUUGAAGCGGCUCAGAGUCUGCAGCUCUUAGCAUACCUAUACGCGGCGCUGGCUGCGUUCUGGACCUAUGACUAUGCUUGUUCAUUUGAACAAGAGUGGAUAUUUCUGUUUCAGUCGCGCUGGUCCAAGGUCAAAGGUCUUUAUAUCGUUACACGACAUGUCCCCUUCUUUCUCGUCAUCACGGAUCUAGUGUAUCUGGGAUUCACCUCGAACGAGAGCCCUGAUAAAUGUCGCAUAUUGAGCGAUACUUACUCAUGUUUCGGAGUGAUUUCACUCACAUGCUCUGAAUGUAUAUCUCCUUCCCCCGCAAUAUACACGUGCUUCUGAUCAGCUUCAUCCAGGCUUUUUUGUGCUCAGAACGUAUGCACUCUGGAACAAAAAUAAAAUUGUACUCGUAGCGAUGAUCACCUCCCUUUUUG